GGGCCGCCCCCGCGCCGCCCCGGCUCCCGCGGCCCGGCGGCCGCCCGCGCCGCCGCAAGCCGUCCAUGGUGCAGCGCAUGCGGGCCGAGGCGGCCGGGCCUACGGGCGGCGCCGAGCCGCUGUUUCCGGGCUCCCGGCGGAGUCGCAGCGUGUGGGACGCGGUGCGCCUGGAGGUGGGCGUCCCCGGCAGCUGCCCGGUGGUGCUGCACAGCUUCACGCAGCUGGACCCCGACCUGCCGCGCCUGGAGAGCUCCACGCAGGAGAUUGGCGAGGAGCUGGUCAACGGGGUCAUCUACUCCAUCUCCCUGCGCAAGGCCCAGGUGCACCACGGCGCAAACAAGGGCCAGCGCUGGCUUGCGUGUGAAAAUGAGUCAGGCCUGAGCCUGUAUGAGACUUGCAAGGUCCGGACCGUGAAGGCCGGCACGCUGGAGAAGCUGGUGGAGCACCUGGUGCCUGCCUUCCAGGGCAGCGACCUCUCCUACGUCACCAUCUUCCUGUGCACCUACCGAGCCUUCACCACCACCCAGCAGGUCCUGGACCUGCUGUUCAGAAGUCGGGGGUCAGCCAGUGACCCGGGACAUCAUAGCAGGUACGGUAGAAGUGACGCCUUCACGGCCCCCUCUAGAUACGGAUGCAUCCUCCCGUAUUCCAGCGUGGACGGUGGACCCCAGGACCAGCUGAAGGAUGCCAUCUCCUCCAUCCUGGGCACCUGGCUGGACCAGUACUCAGAGGACUUCUGUCAGCCCCCGGACUUCCCCUGCCUCAAGCAGCUGGUGGCCUACGUGCAGCUCAACAUGCCUGGCUCUGACCUGGAGCGCCGUGCCCAUCUUCUGCUGGCCCAGCUGGAACAUGCGGAGCUCACUGGGGCCGAGCCAUACGUUCUGUCACCAGAUCCUGUUCCAGAGCCAGCUCCUGUGCCAGCUCUGGAGCUAGUGCCAGUGUCAGGGCCAGAGCCACUGUCAGCUCUAGCACCAGGGCCACUACCAGUUCCAAAGCCAGAGCCACUGCCAGCUGCGGAACUGGGUCCAGUACCACCUCUGGAGCCAGAGCCACUGCCAGCUGUGGAACCGGGUCCAGUACCACCUCUGGAGCCAGAGCCACUGCCAGCUGUGGAACCGGGUCCGGUACCACCUCUGGAGCCAGAGCCACUGCCAGCUGCGGAAUCAGGCCCACUACCAGCUCCAGAGCCAGAGCCACUGCCAGCUGCGGAACCAGGCCCACUACCAGCUCUGGAGCCAGAGCCACUGCCAGCUGCGGAACCGGGUCCAGUACCAGCUCUGGAGCCAGAGCCACUGCCAACCCCACUGGCGGCUCCUGCACCCACUCCGGAGGCGGGGCCGGUCCUACUGCAAACUUUCGAGUCAGGCUCAGCUCCAACCCCAGACCCUUCCUGGUCUUUGCCUGUGGCUGCAGAGAAUGAGCUGCAUGAGCAGCCCCACGUCUUGGCGUUCCCUCCCGAUCUGGUGGCCGAGCAGUUCACGCUGAUGGAUGCGGAACUGUUCAAAAGGGUGGUGCCCUACCACUGCCUGGGCUCCAUCUGGUCCCAGCGGGACAAGAAGGGCAAGGAGCACCUGGCGCCCACCGUCCGCGCCACUGUCACCCAGUUCAACAAUGUGGCCAACUGCGUCAUCACCACCUGCCUGAAGGGCCGGCACGCCACGGCCCGUGACAGGGCCAGGGUGGUGGAGCACUGGAUCGAGGUGGCCAGGGAAUGCCGAGUCCUCAAGAACUUUUCCUCCCUCUACGCCAUCCUCUCCGCCCUGCAGAGCAACUCGAUCCACCGGUUGAAGAAAAUGUGGGAAGAUGUUUCCAGGGACAGCUUUCGAGUCUUUCAGAAGCUGUCUGAGAUUUUCUCUGACGAGAACAACUACUCUUUGAGCAGAGAGCUGCUCAUUAAGGAGGGGACUUCCAAGUUCGCCACCCUGGAGAUGAACCCCAAGAGAGCUGAGAAGCGGCCCAAGGAGACAGGGGUCAUCCAGGGCACCGUCCCCUACCUGGGCACCUUCCUCACAGACCUGGUGAUGCUGGACACCGCCAUGAAGGACUAUUUGUAUGGGAGGCUGAUCAACUUUGAGAAGAGGAGGAAGGAAUUCGAAGUGAUCGCCCAGAUCAAGCUGCUCCAGUCGGCCUGCAACAAUUACAGCAUUGCCCCCGAGGACCACUUCAGAGCCUGGUUCCGGACCAUGGAGCCGCUCAGCGAGACUGAGAGUUACAACCUGUCCUGUGAGCUGGAACCUCCCUCUGAGUCAGCCAGCAACACCCUCAAGGCCAAGAAGAACACGGCCAUCGUCAAGCGCUGGAGCGACCGCCAGGCCCCCAGCACGGAGCUCAGGACCGGCGGCAGCUCCCACUCCAAGUCCUGCGACCAGCUCAGGUGCGGCCCCUACCUCAGCAGCGGGGACACUGCUGACGCUCUCAGCAUCCACUCGGCCGGCUCCUCCAGCUCUGACGUGGAAGAGAGCAACAUGAGCUUUGUCCCAGAGUCCCCUGAUGGCCAGGAAAAGAAGUUCUGGGAGUCAGCCUCCCAGUCGUCCCCGGAGACCUCUGGCAUCAGCUCGGCCUCCAGCAGCAGCUCCUCCUCCUCAGCCUGCACCCCACCUGUGGCCGCCGCACGCGCCCACCAGCGCUCCCUCUCAGGGGUCUGCAGCCACAGCUCAUCGCUGCCCCUCUACAACCAGCAGGUGGGCGACUGCUGCAUCAUCCGCGUCAGCCUGGAUGUGGACAACGGCAACAUGUACAAGAGCAUCCUGGUAACCAGCCAAGAUAAGGCUCCGGCCGUAAUCCGCAAGGCCAUGGACAAACAUAACCUGGAUGGGGACGCGCCGGAUGACUAUGAACUGGUGCAGGUUAUUUCGGAGGAACGCAAGCUGAGGAUCCCCGAGAACGCCAACGUGUUUUACGCCAUGAACUCUGCCGCCAACUAUGACUUUGUCCUAAAGAAACGGGCCUUCGGCAAAGGGACAAAGGUCAGGCAUGGAGCCAGCUCGACCCUCCCUCGAAUGAAGCAGAAGGGACUCAGGAUCGCCAAGGGCAUCUUCUGAUUGGUCCUAGGUGCUGGCCAGCCUCGGGACUGCCCUUUGCAGGGUUUGCUGGCCAGCUGCUGAGCACUUAGACCCCAGAGGCCCAGGCCAGGCAGGCACCUCCCGCCCCACCUGCCAGCGCAGGCCGCCUCCAGACUCAUCUCACCCCGACCUCUCCUGCUGCCGGGAUUGACGCCUGCCCAUUGGCAGGCUGACCUGGCCUCCUGUGGACCCCUUGCUGCCUCAGGUGCCUUCUGCUCUCUGGAACCAGAGGACUAGCUGACUUCGCCAAGUGGCACUGCCCAUGGGCAUGGAGCCCUGCAUGCUGCCGGCCUGCCCUCUGUGCACUCCUUCCACCUUCCCAGGUGUGAGUCACUGCCACCUGUGCCCAUGGGCACCCCUCAUCUACUGGGUCUGACCACUGCAGUUCUCUCCUCAUGCCCAUGGGCACCGGCCCAGGCCCUUCGUGGGGUCCCGGCCCCUCCUCCUACCACUCUAGCCUUUCUCAGGCUGCACCAAAGAUUCCAUCGUCAGGGCCAACUGAGAGGGAGUCUCACCCACCCCCACGCCCCCGCCUCCCCUGGUGGAGAGGGACCCUCUCCAUGGGUCACACUCUUCACCCGGAGGGUGAGGGUGGUCUCAGCUGAGGCCCGUUGAUGUUGAAUCUGACAACACAGUGCCAUUCACCACUGUAUCCUGGGCUUGAUGAGACCACUCGAGACGGGGGUCAGUGGGAAAGGGGAUUUGGGGGAAGGGGAGGGGGGGUUGAAUAUUUGUAUAAAAGACAAAAGAAAAAAUGUUUACCACUUGGGGAGGGGCAAUAUUUAUUUGUUGUAAAUAGCAAAUGCUAGACUUGAAUAUUAUAUUAAAAUCCUGUUUCUACUA